GGGACGCCAUUCCCAUAAUGCUCUGGGGCGUGCCGCCGCCGUCUCUGCCACCUCCCCUACCGCUAGUGGAAGAAGAUGGCGGAAGGCGGAGCGGCGGAUUUGGACACCCAGCGGUCUGACAUCGCUACGCUGCUCAAAACCUCGCUCCGGAAAGGGGACACCUGGUACCUAGUCGAUAGUCGCUGGUUCAAACAGUGGAAAAAAUAUGUUGGCUUUGACAGUUGGGACAAAUACCAGAUGGGAGAUCAAAAUGUGUAUCCUGGACCCAUUGAUAACUCUGGACUUCUCAAAGAUGGUGAUGCCCAGUCACUUAAGGAACAUCUUAUUGAUGAAUUGGAUUACAUACUGUUGCCAACUGAAGGCUGGAACAAACUUGUCAGCUGGUAUACAUUGAUGGAAGGUCAAGAGCCAAUAGCACGAAAGGUGGUUGAACAGGGUAUGUUUGUAAAGCACUGCAAAGUAGAAGUAUAUCUCACAGAAUUGAAGCUAUGUGAAAAUGGAAACAUGAACAAUGUUGUAACUCGAAGAUUUAGCAAAGCUGACACAAUAGAUACAAUUGAAAAGGAAAUAAGAAAAAUCUUCAAUAUUCCAGAUGAAAAGGAAACCAGAUUGUGGAACAAAUACAUGAGUAAUACAUUUGAACCACUGAAUAAACCAGACAGCACCAUUCAGGAUGCUGGUUUAUACCAAGGACAGGUAUUAGUGAUAGAACAGAAAAAUGAAGAUGGAACAUGGCCAAGGGGUCCUUCUACUCCUAAGUCCCCAGGUGCAUCCAAUUUUUCAACUUUACCAAAGAUCUCUCCUUCAUCUCUAUCAAAUAAUUAUAACAACAUCAACAACAGAAAUGUGAAAAACUCAAAUUACUGUCUCCCAUCAUAUACUGCUUAUAAGAACUAUGAUUAUUCAGAACCUGGAAGAAACAAUGAACAGCCAGGCCUCUGUGGCUUAAGUAACUUGGGAAAUACCUGUUUCAUGAACUCAGCUAUUCAGUGUUUGAGCAACACACCUCCACUUACUGAGUAUUUCCUCAAUGAUAAGUAUCAAGAAGAACUGAAUUUUGACAAUCCCUUAGGAAUGAGAGGUGAAAUAGCUAAAUCUUAUGCUGAAUUGAUCAAGCAAAUGUGGUCUGGAAAGUUUAGCUACGUCACCCCAAGAGCCUUUAAGACACAGGUAGGACGUUUUGCACCUCAGUUCUCUGGAUAUCAGCAGCAAGACUGUCAAGAACUAUUAGCUUUCCUAUUAGAUGGAUUACAUGAGGAUUUGAAUAGAAUUAGGAAAAAACCAUAUAUACAAUUAAAAGAUGCAGAUGGAAGGCCAGAUAAGGUGGUUGCUGAAGAAGCCUGGGAAAACCAUUUAAAACGAAAUGAUUCUAUCAUAGUAGAUAUAUUUCAUGGCCUUUUCAAAUCAACUUUAGUUUGUCCUGAGUGUGCUAAGAUUUCAGUAACAUUUGAUCCUUUUUGUUACUUGACCCUUCCAUUGCCCAUGAAAAAAGAACGUACCUUGGAAGUUUACUUAGUUAGAAUGGAUCCGCUUACCAAACCUAUGCAGUACAAAGUGGUUGUCCCCAAAAUUGGAAACAUAUUAGAUCUUUGUACAGCAUUGUCUGCUUUGUCAGGAAUACCUGCAGAUAAGAUGAUAGUUACUGAUAUAUACAAUCAUAGAUUUCACAGAAUAUUCGCUAUGGAUGAAAACCUUAGUAGUAUUAUGGAACGGGAUGAUAUUUAUGUGUUUGAAAUUAACAUCAAUAGAACCGAAGAUACAGAGCAUGUGAUUAUUCCUGUUUGCCUAAGAGAAAAAUUCAGACAUUCAAGUUAUACCCACCAUACUGGUUCUUCACUUUUUGGUCAACCUUUUCUUAUGGCUGUACCACGAAACAAUACUGAAGACAAACUUUAUAAUCUCCUGCUCUUGAGAAUGUGCCGAUAUGUCAAAAUAUCUACUGAAACUGAAGAAACUGAAGGAUCCCUACACUCCUGUAAGGACCAAAAUAUUAAUGGGAAUGGCCCAAAUGGCAUACAUGAAGAAGGCUCACCAAGUGAAAUGGAAACAGAUGAGCCAGAUGAUGAAUCCAGCCAGGAUCAAGAACUUCCCUCAGAGAAUGAAAACAGUCAGUCUGAAGAUUCAGUUGGAGGAGAUAAUGAUUCUGAAAAUGGAUUAUGUACUGAGGACACUUGCAAAGGUCAACUCACGGGACACAAAAAACGAUUGUUUACAUUCCAGUUCAACAACUUAGGCAAUACUGAUAUCAACUACAUCAAAGAUGAUACCAGGCAUAUAAGAUUUGACGAUAGGCAGCUUAGGCUAGAUGAAAGAUCUUUUCUUGCUUUGGAUUGGGAUCCUGAUUUGAAAAAAAGAUAUUUUGAUGAAAAUGCUGCUGAGGACUUUGAAAAACAUGAAAGUGUGGAGUAUAAACCUCCUAAAAAACCCUUUGUGAAAUUAAAAGAUUGCAUUGAACUUUUUACAACAAAAGAAAAGCUAGGUGCUGAAGAUCCCUGGUAUUGUCCGAAUUGUAAAGAACAUCAGCAAGCCACAAAGAAAUUGGAUUUGUGGUCCCUGCCUCCGGUACUUGUGGUACAUCUCAAGAGAUUUUCUUACAGUCGAUAUAUGAGAGACAAGCUGGAUACUUUAGUUGAUUUUCCUAUCAAUGACUUGGAUAUGUCGGAAUUCUUAAUUAAUCCAAAUGCAGGUCCUUGCCGCUAUAAUUUGAUUGCUGUUUCCAACCACUAUGGAGGGAUGGGAGGAGGACACUAUACUGCUUUUGCAAAAAAUAAAGAUGAUGGAAAAUGGUACUACUUUGAUGACAGUAGUGUCUCCACUGCAUCUGAAGACCAAAUUGUGUCCAAAGCAGCAUAUGUACUCUUCUACCAGAGACAAGACACUUUCACUGGAACUGGCUUUUUUCCUCUUGACCGAGAAACUAAAGGUGCUUCAGCUGCCAGUGGCAUCCCAUUAGAAAGUGAUGAAGAUAGCAAUGAUAAUGACAAUGAUAUAGAAAAUGAAAACUGUAUGCACACUAACUAAUGAAAGUCCCAGAAGCCAUAAAAGAGAGACUUUCCUGCUGGUGGUAUCUAUGGAAAUGAUGAAGUUACCCACCACAUUAAAACAAAAGUCUGAGAUGGGGAGUUUCAGAUAACCGAAUGUAAAUCCUUUAUCAGAUUUUAACUUGUGCAGUACUUGAAGUGAAACACAAUGAAAACUUUAACAGAAAUUGUCUCUUAAUACAUUUACAGUCUUGUAUUUACAAGCUAAAUAUAUAUAGGAAAUCACAAAUAAAUCCCUUUUAAGUUUG